AUGUCGCUACAAACACCGCUGACCUCCCUUCUCAAAAUCCAGCACCCAGUGCUGCUAGCUGGCAUGGCUCGAGCAUCCAGCGCGCCGCUAGCAGCAGCAGUCUCCAACGCGGGAGGCCUGGGUACAAUCGGAGGUCUUGGCUAUUCACCAGAGCAAUUAUCAGAGAUGCUCACAGAGCUCAAAUCACUUCUCCGCGACCCCUCGCUCCCCUUUGGUGUGGACCUUGCACUACCCCAAGUCGGAGGUGGAGCGCGCGCAACAAAUCACGACUACACCCACGGACAUCUAGACGAGCUCAUCGAAGUGACUAUCUCCCACGGCGCAAAGCUCUUCGUCUCCGCUGUCGGUAUUCCACCAGCGAAGACCAUCAAGCGGCUCCAUGAGGCCGGGAUCCUGAUUAUGAAUAUGGUCGGUGCACCCAAGCACGCUGAGAAGGCUUUCAAGGCGGGCGUCGAUAUUGUCUGUGCGCAAGGCGGCGAGGGUGGCGGUCAUACUGGUGAUGUACCGUUCUCUGUGCUCGUGCCUGCUGUUGUGGAUGUUGCGCGGAAGUAUAAGAGCCCGUUGACAGGCCAGCCAGCGCUUGUUGUCGCGGCUGGUGGUGUCAAUGAUGGCCGCAGUUUGGCGGCGUCACUGAUGUACGGUGCGGCGGGUGUUUGGGUGGGUACGCGGUUUGUCGCAUCUGAAGAGAGUGGUGCCAGUCAGCUGCACAAGGAGGCGGUUGUUGGGGCGCAGUUUGGCGAGACCAAGCGCACCCUUGUUGUUAGUGGUCGACCUUUGCGCAUGCUGCCCAAUGACUAUAUCAAGGAGUGGGAGAAGCGGCCGAUGGAUAUCGCCGAUUUGACUUCCAAGGGUAUUGUGCCUAUGAUGGAUGAUCUGGAGAAAGACAAGGAUAUUGAUAUGCCAUUCCUCAUGGGUGACGUCUCGGCCGGUAUCAGUGAAAUUAAACCGGCUGAGGUCAUUGUGAAGGAGAUGGUUCAGCAGGCCAUUGAUGUGCUCAGAGUCGGAGGUUCAUACAUCGGGCCUGCGAGUAAACUAUAG